AUGUCUGAAGCCAGAAUCUUAGAUGUGGCCACUAUCAAAGACUUGCUGAACCACAUUUAUGAGAAAAGAAAGGCCACUGCUUUCCAAAUUGAAGGCUACACGAAAUCAGCAUUAGCACGCAACGAUUCGGCCACCAUCUUCAAGAUCAUUGCUGAAUUAACGGAAUUGGCCAAUGGCGGCUCCACUUCAGCCAAAAUGGGUGCCAUUACCGCCUUGGGAAGUGUCUCCGUGGCGCUUGGGUCGUUUGCAAUUGCGUACUUUCUAGAGGAGAUCGUCACGCCGAUAUUCGCUACCUUCAGGGAUACCGACGCUCGUGUACGUUACUACGCGUGUGAAUCGUUGUAUAAUAUUGCUAAGAUUGCAAGAGGCGAAAUUUUGUUGUACUUCAACGAAGUUUUUGACAUCUUGUGUAUUCUCGUCACCGACACCGAAUCUUCGGUGAAAAACGCUGCUGAUAUCUUGGAUAGACUCAUCAAAGACAUUGUAAGUUCCAAACUGACCAACUAUGUAUCAGUUUUGCACCAGCAGCCUGAAGAGACUGAUGUUCAGUCGAACAUUGUACUUCCAGAUGGAGUAGCAGUUCAGGUCAACGAAAUCCAGGAUCCCCUGAAGGCAUUCCUGCUACCAAAGUUCAUUCCAACCCUCUUGGAGCGCAUGUACACUAUCGAGCCAUUUGCAAAGAAAUUUUUGCUCAGUUGGCUUGAGCUUUUUGAUGAUAUUCCAUCCUCAGAGUUGAUCACCUUCUUGCCAAACUUCUUGGAGCCUCUCAUCCGAUUCCUCAUGAAUAACUGUCCUUCUGAUGUUCGUAUUGAGACUCAGAACUUGCUCAAUAUCUUCUUGAAGGAAAUAAGAGCUAUUUAUAAAGUCAGAUAUGAAGUGAAGAGAGACAGACUCUUGGCAGAGAAGCUGAAGCAGCGUGCCGAAUUCUUGAGAUCCCAAGCACAUGUAAAUGCUCAAUCUACUCCUGAACCAGAAGAUACAAAGAGUAAGCUGGCAUUGACAGAGAAAAUGAGAGACUUCUCUUUGAAUGCAAAUCCCGAGUCACCAGAUGAUGAUAACAUCUCAACCAAGUCGACUAGCACUACCAUAAUCCGUAAACCAAAUGAUGAUGAGCAGGGACCAGAGGUUGCUGAUACCGAGGCUACUUUCAAUUCUGCUGAGGGGUCUGUUUUCAUCAAUGGCCAGGAUAUUUUCAUUGACUAUCCCAGGAUCAUUGAUAUUCUUCUCUCGUUUUUGAGAACAAAUCGCCCCGCUGGUACGAGUGACGUGAAGUUUAACGAUUUAACCGGAGAAAGUCAUGAUGUUUACGUUGAUAUCCAAUUGACCGUGCUCAAGUGGCUCCUGGAGAUUAUUUCUAUAAGUCCGACCAGCUUCUCCAAGUUCCUUCCAGAUUGUGUCUCUAUUAUCAUGCAGAAUGUGGCACUCACAGACGUCAACAAUGACGUUGAAUUGAACAAGCAAUUUCUUGAUUUUAACAAUAUGUUGAAGUCUUAUUUGCUUCGUUUGAAUGAUGCAAGCAGGCUGGAAGAGGUUCACUUGGAAAUUGGUCCAGAUGAUCUUUCUGAGGUUAGCGAGAGCAUUAUUCAAGGACUUAACAGGGAAGUUUACGAUGAGUUCUUGGAGCUAUACUUGGGAAAAACUUUGCAGGUUGUUACUAAGGAAUGCCUACUGAGCUUAAACGAGCUGGCAAGAUUGACACUGUUGGAUUGGUUGGCAUUCUUGUACACUAAUUAUCCAGGUAGCUUUUCGGCAUCAGAGACCGAUGAUUCAACAGAGAAAUCCACUACCAACAGAUACAACUUUGAUGUCAUUUCCUUAUUGAAAUUGGCCACAGAUGCAAGUAAUGAGGUGAUAUCUAAAGUUUUGCAGCUUGCUUCUCGAAUUUCAGAGGAGAACCAGGACUUUUUCAAGCAUUUCAUUGUGAAAUUGGUUACUUUCUUCGAGAGAGAUGGCUCUAUUGGAGCGACUCAAAAUGGCACGUCCAACCAGACCAUCUCACGAAGCAAAGUGGAGUUCAUCAUCCGUCGUUUCUGUGUUACGAACAGUUCUGAAAAGAUUUUCAAAGCAUUUUCGGAAGUUUUGGUAACAUUUGAAAGUACCAACUUGGAGUUUAUCAGUAAUCUUGUGGUGACAUUGAACAAUAUUUUGUUGACUUCCCACGAACUUCAGGACCUUCGUAAGGUGCUCAAGAAUCUUGAUAUAUAUAAGGCAGAUGACUGGGCCUUGUUUUCGACUUUAUUUCAGAGUUGGUGUCAUAAUGUUCCCAGUGCUUUGUCGUUGUGCUUGCUCACGUCAAACUACGAGCUCAGUUACUUGAUUAUUAAAAGCUUAGCAGACCUGGAGGUGACAUUUCAGCUCCUCACGCAAUUGGACGUUCUUGUUCAACUCCUUGAGUCGCAUAUCUUCUUGAAAUUGAGACUUCAACUCUUGGAGCCUGACAAGAAUCCAUAUUUGUACAAGACCUUAUUUGGAAUACUCAUGAUUAUGCCACAAUCUUCAACUUUCAACACAUUGAAGAACAGGCUUACUGCUUUGACUCUGUUUGUUCAGGGACAACAAAAUAUCCCGGUCUUGGGUACUCCAGUGACCACUCCAGCUGCGACUAGCAGCUCAGCAGCAAAUCAGCUCUCCACGAAAAGGAAAAGAGUUCACGAGUUGGCUGACAAGUUCGUUAGAGUUAAUGAGAUGCAUGAGAACUAUUUAUACGAACGUCGUGUCAAAGAUAGCAGUCUUGAAGAAGAGGGAGCUAAGUCUAACAGGAAAGUUACGAACGUUCUGCUUCCUAAAUCGGAAUCCAAACCUCUGUUACAAGAAUAUUUUCCCAACACAUACGGAAAGCAUCAAACCCAUGACAAGUCCAAGUUGAAUGGUUGA